CGGAACGUUAGGCGAUGAUACUCGGGUACCUAUCGCCGUUCCUGAUUGACUAAUUACGUUCUUUUCGCGUCGCAUCGGUUCCGAAAUAGCUGCGUCUCCUUUGCGUGAAUCGGUGAAGCGUGAAUUCGCGACAGUAUCUUCGCGAGGAUAUCUUCUGCAAAACUCAAGAAGAUGGUCGCCAAAAGUUCUGGGCCGAAUCUUGAGAAACGGAUCGGCUGUAUCAAGUUCACGAUUUUCUGCUUGAACGCGAUAAUAUGGAUUCUGGGAUGUGCAAUGUUUGGACUGUCGAUCUGGAUGCGAUUUGAGCCAACGCUCGAGGAAUGGGUGGAGUUUUUAAACAUGUAUGAGAUCUACAUCGGGGUGUAUAUACUGAUCGCCACCUCGGUGAUCGUCAUGGCUAUCUCUUUCAUCGGUUGCGCUGCCGCACUUAUGGAACACAUCAUGACUUUAUACGCCCACGUUGGUCUUCAAGCGUUCAGCUUCAUCUGCUGUCUAGCCGGAGCGGCGGUCAUUCUCGAUUUUUCAACGUACGAUAGUAAGAUUCAGCCCAUCAUCGAACGAUCCAUGUACAGUCUCAUCAGCCACUCUCAUCAAGAAACGGCGAGCUUCAUCCUGCGAAUAAUUCAGGAAACAGUUGGAUGCUGCGGGGCCGAUGGACCCAGAGAUUAUACGCAGUUGCGCAAACCGUUGCCCACAGAGUGUCGGGACACCGUCACCGGGAACGCCUUUCAUCACGGCUGCGUGGAAGAAUUGUCCUGGUUCCUGGAGGCAAGAUCGGGAUGGCUCGCCGGUUUGGCGAUGGCAUUGUGCAUGCUUCACGUGAUCAUAGCGGUGCUGUCGCUGAUACUUGUACGAGCGAUCAAGAAAGAAGAGGAGUCUAUACCGUUCAAGCGUUAAACAAUUCGCUGUCUAAUGCAACACAUUAUGAUUAGUGCAAUUAUAAUUUUUUUAUAAAACAAAGAAAAGAAACUUAUAAAUUAUGCAAAAUCGCGAACUUUGCAAAUAUAUAUUUAAAGAGUGACACCAAUCAGGGAUAUACAAUAAAAAUAGUUUCUGCGUUUGCAUCUUUUGAUUUUUGAAACUUUCAAUUUUGGAAGAUAAAAAUUCGACAUUUUUUAGAAUAAAAUCUAGUUGAGUUUGAAGUCAGAUUCAGGCUCGAAAUAAAAUAGUUGGCAUUUUUCAUCACUGCUUUAUAAGGACGUAAUUAAAUAACAUUUUAAUCAUUGCUAAUUUGCUACAUUCACUGCGUUUCACUUUAAUUGAGUAUUUUCAGCACAUUCAAUUUGCUCUUCUAUAAACAUUUUUGUAGUUUUGUACAUGUUUUUUCUAUUACCUUGCAUGAUUUAUAUUUAUAAUUUAAUGGUCAUGUUUAGAAGGAGCUAUUUUUAAGAGAGAUUUACAUGGAAAAUCU